AACCGUGGGCCGAUAAUAAUUGUCCUUCCUUUCCUUGUACCAUCCAACAGUGGACUGUCGGAGUCGAGAAAGCGAACAUGAAGCUAUCAGUACUAUCAACGACCGCAAGAGGAUCUGUCAUCGUCUCUUCACUAAAUGAUGGGGAUCUCCUUCGUCCAUCAAAGAUUCCAAAUUACAGAACUUGCUCAAUUUUGGAACGACGAUCCAUUCCUUUGCUCAAUGUGUCAGCUCUCAAAUCGGCAAUCAAACCCGGCAAGCGUCUUUACCCAACUAAACAUGUCUUUCAACCUAUCUUAGCCAGCUAUAGUAUCGAUAAAUCAACUCAAUUUGAUUCUCCUGCUAAGGCAUUGCGGCGAAUUCUUGAAUCUCCUGGUAUUCAUCAAGGUCCUGCUUGUUUCGAUGCUCUCAGUGCAAAACUUGUUGAGCAAGCUGGAUUUGAUUUCUGCUUCACUACUGGAUUUGGAAUAUCAGCUUCAAGAUUGGCCUUGCCAGAUACUGGAUUUGUUUCUUAUGGGGAGAUGUUGGAUCAAGGGAGUCAAAUUACACAAGCUGUGUCCAUUCCUAUCAUAGGUGAUGGUGAUAAUGGAUAUGGUAACGCCAUGAAUGUUAAGAGAACAGUCAAAGGAUUUAUAAAAGCGGGUUUUGCUGGCAUUAUUCUCGAGGAUCAGGUGUCUCCCAAAGCAUGCGGUCACACACAAGGAAGAACUGUAGUGUCUAGAGCGGAAGCAGUGAUGAGGAUUAAAGCUGCUGUUGAUGCUCGAAGGGAGAGUGGCUCUGACAUUGUUAUUGUGGCAAGAACAGAUUCCCGUCAAGCAAUAUCAUUUGAGGAAUCACUAUGGAGAUCACGGGCAUUUGCCGAUGCAGGAGCAGAUGUUCUUUUCAUUGAUGCACUUGCUUCAAGGGAGGAAAUGCAAGCAUUUUGUGAAGUUUCUCCACUAGUUCCAAAAAUGGCAAACAUGCUUGAAGGAGGAGGAAAGACACCGAUACUGGCUCCUAUGGAACUUGAUGGUAUUGGAUAUAAACUGGUAGUUUACCCUCUUUCCUUGGUGGGCGUUUCAAUCCAAGCAAUGCAGGAUGCUCUGAAGGCAAUCAAAGGAGGACGUAUACCUCCUCCUGCUGACAUGCCUUCCUUUGAGGAGAUGAAGGAGAUAUUAGGAUUCAAUGCCUACUACAAGGAAGAGAAACGAUAUGUCACUGACAUUGGCCCACUUUCUCCUCAAAUAGUGAGCAGUGAUGAAUACAAUGUUGGGAGAGCCGAAGACAAUGCUGAGGAAAAAGAUGGAAGUAUAGAAGAGCCGGUUAUUGAAGUGCUAAUUCCUGAUGUUUACAAUGAAUAUGAUGCAGAUGGUUCACGAGCUCCAUUAUCUGGGAUCUGGUCUAGAACUUUGAGAGUAAAGAUUACAGGACGUGAUGGCUCUGAAAAGCUUGAUAUCCGAAUUCCAGCUGGAUUUUUGGAUGGACUUACAAACAUCGUUCCAGCAUUGGGAGGCGUUAACAUUAAAGCAAUGUUGAAUGAUGCUUCUUUAGAGGUAGGAGGCAAGGCGAUUUUGGAUUUCAAAGAUACAAUGGGUGAUAGGAUUCAGGUAUUUCUGGAGUGACUAUUAUUAGAUGAUGCCUUCAACUUACAUGUUGAACUGGGAUUCCAGAAUUUUGAUGCAAAGAAUGUUGUUAACAUUAUACAAUGGGAUGAC